UUGUUUUUUUUUUGAGAGCUCUCACUGGGAAGACUGAAUGUUAGACCUAUGCUGAGCUUUUCCACAUUGCUUGUGUUUUUGCAGCCAUGAGGAGAGGACAAGUCACAGCCAAGGCGCAGGGGGAGUCGUCUAUUUACAGCUGAGGCGCUCUGAUCUGCCUCUCAUGUCUGCCUGGAGCCACAACAAUAGCUUCCAUUUUCCUCAUCAGCCUCCGGCAGAAUCGAUAGUCAAAAAUAUGAUGCUAUUGCUGGUAUAGAUUUUAGUCCAGUCUCCCCAGAUGUCUAUAACAACAUCUCCCCAGCACUGCCCACAGAUGAGGAGAGACUGAUGAAUUAUAUAUUGAUCUUAUGUCUCAACCCUGAGAUGAGAAUGUGUUUUGGCUUAUGGUAACCUCAAGUGACCUGACAGCAUGUUCUGAUGUGUUUGUGCCCCCCUGUUCACCCCUUCUCUCGCAUCAAGCCUCUCCACCGGCUUCCCACACCGCGAGGUGCAGCGAUGCCCCAGCUGAGAGAGAUCUGGUGUCCGUCCUGCCGCCACGGCCUGGCAUCCACACGCCUCCAGACACUGAAACCCAUCCAUGAAUUCCCAUGAGGCCACCACCAGAACCCAGCUUGACCACUCUGUAUGGGGCCUCUCACAUAUGAACUGACAUGGAGGAUGAAGAUGGGACUUGUCUACUUGAUGUUUUGUGUGACCCCCAAGCCCUGAACGACUUCCUUCAUGGGACCAAUGAGCUGCAGAAUGAAGACCUGCUCAUUAGCUCCUCCUCAGGGGAGCCCUCCCUGUUCACAGAUGCCCCGAGUCCCGUCUCUCUGCUGGGAGAUGGCGGGGAUUCCCCAGACACUCCUCCACCUGGGUGUGUGGACCUGUCCUUCCUGGAGGAGGCUCUCCUGUCGUCUCCAGAGCCUGGAGAGGAUCCACAAGCUGUGCAGGGUGGGCCACCUGUGGAGGCUGGAUGCGAAGCAAAGAAAGGAGAAGUGGAGGAAGCGGAAGAGGCGGAGGUGGCAUGUGAUAUCCUCCAGCAGAGCCUGCAGGAGGCUGAAAUUACUGAGCAAACCAUGGCUCUGGAAGCAGGUCUGGCACAACCAGGGGACAAUCUGUCCCUGUACUCGUCCACCCCGCUCCUCUCUGCACCUACUGUGCCGUUCAUACCCAAGUCUGUGACCUUGCCCUUCACCUCGGCAUUACCCAGAGACACCCAAGCAGCAGUGGAGCCUCCUCAGCCCUCUUUAAUGGCUGUCGGGCCAGGUUGCCCUUCUCUAAAACCUGCUGCCCCUCCUCAGCUGAUGGGCCUCCUGCCUGGAAAUGUGUUUCCUGCUCCAUCUCCUGACUCUUCCUUCUCCCUGAGUCCUGCUCAGGGCUCUAGCAUGAUCAUCCACAAGGCUGUGCCCAGUGUCACCAGUCGCCCCUUUAUUGGCCCGACACUGAGGACUGCAGCAGCACCAGCACCAGGCAUCGUCCUGCAGCGUGCUCCUCUCCCCAUCCAACCCAAGCUGCCCAUCAACAUUCAGCCCCGACUGGUUCAAAUUAGCCCCAAGCCUUCAGGACAGAAACCCACUCCUGGUCUUACAUUUGUCCCUGCGACUGCCUCGCCAAAUAUUUUACUGUCCCAAGCUCCGGUCCAAAAGACUGUAGCCCCACAGCCGCAGCCAACGCAGCAGCUAGCAAAACCAGUCAGCCUGCAACUGGUCAACCAGGGCGGCUCCUUUGUUCUCCAGCCUCAGGGACUCUUCCAAGGCCAAAACCAGUUCCUUCUUCCGGGCCAGUCUCCUGUUACAAUCUCCCAGCCUGCCAGAGCAGCUCAACCUCUGCUGACCCCCAGUCACCAAGGCCCAUCCGUUCACAGCAUGACUCCCUCCACUGGGCAGCUUGUAGACGGCUCUCAGAUCCUAACUGUUCCCCAAAGACAGCUGAAUUUCAGCCCAGUCUUUACCACCCCUACAGGGCAGCUAGCUCUCCGCCAGGCCACUGUGCUUUCAGGACCUUUACAGCUGCAGUCAGCCCCUGCUGCUGUCUUCCAGAUGCCGGCACAGCUGACUGGAGCUUACACUCCAGGAGGGCAGGGGCAUCGAGCUACACUUGUCCACAGUCCUGCCCUGGGAAACCACAUUACCUUGAUCAACAGUUCAGGGGUGCUUCCUCCAGAUCUCACUUCCAUCUCCAUCGUUAACGGCCCCUCAGUUGUUCAAGGAUUGCCUUUCGCUGCCCAGGCCCCGACUCCUCAGACAGGAGUGACAGAAGGACAGCUGAGCCUCCAGCAAGCCUCUGUGGUUCUGCUGCCUGAGAGAGCUGUUCAAGAAGAGAGGCCUGCCUCAGAGGAGACUUUCCAGCAGCUGCAGCAGCCCUUCAGACAUGUUGUCCAGCAUGUCUCCGUGCAGCCCACCUCUGCAGGGCUGCAGUCAUCCCCUCCUCCUGUAGUUACGGUCUUGCAGGCCCCUGCUGAACCUCCUCUCACCCCCGAUCCGGCUGUGGAGAUGCCAAAACUCUUGAUGCCCCCAGCAGACCUCAACCAAACUGUGGAAGAGGUGACCCACUCGAUGAGUCAGAACCAGGCCUUUAUGCAACAUCUACAACAGCAAGCACUUAGUUCUCCCCUCCCGCCUGAAUUGUUGGUUGGAGCGCUGCCGGUGGUGCCAAUGGAGCCACUCGCCUCCCCGGUGUCCGACGACAGAGAGAUCCGUCCUCAGACCCGUGCUGUUUCUGGUCAGGACUCUCACAUGAUGUCAGACCAGUGUGGUGAAGUUUCUCCACUUCGUUCAGACCCAGAGGACACGCCUCUCAUCUGCUCCCCGGCUCACAUUCAGGACACGGACAGACCGGCUUCAGCAACUUUCUCCCCUCUGACUGGGUCUCAGAUUGCUCUGCUAGGACCUGAGAGUUCAGGCCCUCAGACUUCAGCUCCCCACGCCCAAGUCCAGUACCAAGUCCCUCAUCAGCUCCAGGCUUCACCAGCCGUAUUUGCCCAGAGCCAGGUGCAAAUUAAAACAUCUGUUUCCCAGCCUGCACCCCAGGUCCAGGUUUCGGUUUCUGUUUCACAACCUCAGUCCUCACGUCACAGCUCAGUCCACGGCAGCUCGUCCCCUCUACGUGUCAGCGUCUCGGUGCCUCAGCAGCAGCCUGCUCCCACAGCUGCAGCUGCUAUUCUCUCCAAAGGAGGAGACAACGCCGCUGUCCAACAGCACCCUCACACCAAGCCCACAGCUGCCUUGGCCGUGGAGAGUAAAGCCUUUGCUCUCGAUGUCCAACCACCCUCCCCUGCAGCCCAGGGGGCCCAGGUUCAUGAGUCUCCAGCUCAUGUGGAGGGUGCACCCAUCCAGAUGAACCAGCAGACCAGCACCAAGCUGGCAGGUCCUCCAGAGCUGCAGAGAAAGGAGACGCUCACACCAGCAAUGCGCCUGCACAGAUUCCAGCAGCGGCUUUGUUUGGACCAUGGAACAGUACAGAACUCGUUCACGGGUCCAGCAUUCACCACGCUGAAGGAUGCCGUGGGACGCCUGCUGCCGUACCACACAUGUGCAGGUCACCUGCCCACUCAAAAUGACUUCAUGUUAGUGGACCAGGAGUUUGACACUGUGUCCGGUUUCCUGCUGAAACGCACCAAGGACAUGGUCAACAAAUACAGGCAGCUAUUGGUCAGAGAGACCCAGCAGGAGAGUCCGUCAGCAGAGAUGGUGAUGCUGGAACGACUCUUCCUCCAGGCCGAGCGCUACGCCUUAGCGGAGGACAGGCGGAGAGUUCGUAGAGACCCGGAAACUUUUAUGACAGCCUUGGCUCCAUCAGCGUCUUCCCCUCAUGGUUCCCACUCUUCUGGCCCCUCCCACUUGUGCUCCUCUGGUAGCCCCUCUUCCCCACCAGCCUGGACCCAGCUGUCUGAGCGGCCUCCGGGACUUAAGACGUACCGCUCCAGCUCCCGCGGUGCUCUCAGACUCACCAUCAAACAGGAGUCCGGUUCUCGUAAGGUGAUCCACAACUCUGCCUGUGACUUGGGAAUCAAGAGGGACCACAUGGGGCAGCUGACCAAUGGCAGCGGAGCUGUCAAUGAACGCCCCCCUCAGGCAUCCAACGGAGCCCCCCAGCAUCUUCAGCACGAUGAGAUGUCCAACGGAGCUCUGCCCGGUAACACUGCUGAGAAGCUCCCACAGACAGCACCCACUUCAAAAUUACCCCCACAUCCUCUUUGUGCUCCAGAGCCACAGGACGUUUCCUUUGAGUUGCCUCCGAGAGAUGUCAGCGCCCCCAAACUGAAAUGUUACAGGAUGGAUGCGUCGCCCGAGCAGCGCUUCAGCCCACCUCCACCACCUCUCCAAGAGGACAACAUGCUCAGUGAACAUCUACAGAGUGCCAUCGACAGCAUAUUGGAGCUCCAGCGUCUGCAGGGCCCCUCUGCAGCCUCAAACAGGGCCACGUCGGGCCCCUCACUAGACCAGGCUGUCGCCAGCAUCCUGGAGGGACAUUUGUGAGGUAAUCUCUAAACAUCUAUGAUAGGAUAAAGAGAUAAAUGAGACUUCUAAUCUGUUCCCAGAAGGGUUUCAGAUUUUUCUUGAACUGAUUGUUUGAAGAUUAAAAGAGAAGGAAAAAAAAAUUAAGAGGCACUAUUAAGAAAUGCAUACCAGACAUAACAGCACUAUCUAUAGUCUGAUAGAUGUUAGAAAUUCAUUUUUGAUGUACGUUUGUGGAAAAAAAAAUCUAUUUGAAUAGGAGCUAUAUUGUUUCAGUGGUAGUUAAGUCAUUCAGAGGUUUACGACACUGGUGUAACCUUCAUCAGCAUAUAGUAUAUAGCAUAUAAGUAAUAGUGAGGAUAACGAACACGUGGAUUAGACUGAAAUUAUUCAAUAGUUUUUUUUAUAAGAUUCCUUUGAAAAUUGUGAAGGUUUUUCUUUUUUUUAAUUAUUUUUUUCUUGCAUAGUGCCAAGCUUCCAGGGUAUUUAUUUUAAUAAUCCGUGCCAAUUGUGUUUUACAUUGAGAGAUGGUGAAUGUGAGAGUGUGUGUGUUUUCAUGUGGAUUAGGGCGUGUUGUGUGUGGAAACAUUAAAUCCUGCGAGGGGCCCGUACACAAAAGCCCCACGUAGUCCAUCAUGUCGGCUUAAUGAAUGAAACUCCAAAGAAUUUGUGACUUGGUACAUCCUGAAUACACCAGCAAACGUCCACGUUGUGUCUCUUCCCACAAGCUGGAGCCCGUCCUUGUUAAAGUAAAAGAACCUGAGGCGGGGCCACAAAAACACAUCUGUUUAUUUUUAAAGGUUUGGACCCUUGCUGGAGUCUCAACUGUGAAAUAUUUCUAGUUUUCUGCCUGUUUUGAGAGACAAGAGUAGUGUCCCAUACUGUAUGUAUUAUCAUGCAAGCAAUAAUAAGUUAGGAGUGUUGGAGCAGUGGUGGUGCAGUGAGGAAGAGGAGGUCACUGGAUGAAAAUGAAGAUUAAUUUUCAGGAUUGAGAGAUGCUUAAUUUGUCAUCAGAGCCUAAAUUGAUUAGAAAUUAUUUCUGAAGUGUUUCAAGGGCUUGAGAGUGACAAAUUUGCAUCAAUGACCAUGAAAAAUGUCCAGUUUUAGAAAGAAAAUAAGACAGAAACCGUACAUAGCAUGAGCCUCUCCACAUUGUCAUACAGCCUUUGACCAAAAACUGGAGGAAUCAUCUGCUACCAUUUCGCAUCGUCUUCAUUUGUUGGUUUCCAGCUUGCUGUAAUAAGCCGAAGAUUUAUUUUCACCGAACCAUUGUGAAGCAAUAUAUUAUUAUUAUUUUAUCAUUAUUUUUUGUAACAUCUUAUGUUAAUGUGACAAUCUUAUGGGUUUGUAAGAAAAUGUGUGAAUUCUGUAUGUGUGAAAAUAUCUGAGUUGUAUCGGUUCUUCAACUCUUCCUCAUGAAACGUGUGCAAAAUAUUACUCAAUUGUUGGGUUUUAUCUUGGAGGUUGAAUUGUAAAAGCUGCAAAAUAUCUUUAAUGUUUGUCUUGUAAAUUGAAAAUAUGCUUCAAAAUUUAGCCCAUAUGGAGUCCCUUUUGUGCCUUUAUCAUGCAAUCUAAAUUAGUAGAGCAAAAAACUAGUCUUUACUAAUUUAGUUUUUAUGUACCUCUUGAGAUUUGACACUGUAGCUAUUUCUACAUAAUUUUGCAGGAUGUCUGUUGGGCAUUUGAGAACACAUCUACAUGUUAUAGCAAUUUGCUGCCACUUGGUGGCAGUAUCAGAAAUAAGAACAAACUCAGAUGUGUGAUGCUUUUGGAUAAGCUAGUGCUGUUAGCGUUAGCUUUGCUCUGCUGAGAAAAAGAAGUCAAAGUAGACAAAAUCUGAUUUUCUAUGGAGUGAAACUAAGGGUUAAAUUUGACGAUUGUUCAAAGCAGAUAUUAUUUUAACUUGUUCUCUGCCAUUUUUUUCUCAACAAGUGGUUGCUGUUUGUCCCAGUCAGCCCCACGUAGCAUGAGCUAACUUUCAUCCAAUCAGUGUUUGAUCAUUUUUUAGUUAAGUCUAUGAAGUGACUGUCCACAGUUUUAGCUUCUUGGAGAGUUGCAUGCUUCUUCAUCUGCAUUGAGAGAAAAAAGCAAACAAAA